AUGCAGCAGGGCUACGCGGCCGUCCUGUGUGUCCUGUCUGUGCUGGGGCUGGAGGCCACCGUGCCGGAUGAAUGCGAACUCACCCGACUGCUCCAGGACAAGCUGCAUUAUGAGAUGCGCCUGCAGUACAUGAAACACUACUUCCCCAUCGACUACACAGUCCAGGUCCAGUAUGAGGAGGUGCUGAGGCCAUCCAACAUCACCCGCCUGCGCAACAGGACAGUGUCAGAGGCAGCACUGCGAUACCUCUGGUUCCACGUCAGCUCCCAGGCAGUGCUGCGGAUCCAUGAGGUGUUGCCAGAGAAGCACCCAUCCUGGAAGUACACCCAGGAGCUGUGCCAGCUCUUCGAUGCCUUGGGUGAGGAGUACAGCAAGUACCGGCAGACAGAUGUGGAGGCGGUGGUGGCUGACCUGGUGAAGCUGCUCCACAGCGCAGGCGCUGAGAGCAGGAGGAAGGCUGUACGUCCCAAGGCACUGCUGGACAACUGCCUCAAGGUCAUGUGGAUGCUGUACGGGGUGCCCUGUCGGUGGGAGUCCACCUAA